AUGGCUGGAGCCUUUAGCGGCUACCUCUUGGAUUCAUAUAAUACGUCAAUGCAACGGCUAGCACCAGGAUUCGGUCGGCCGCAGUCAAGGGUUAUCACCAGCGGUGCGAUGUCGUUCGAUGCGUCGAUGCAUGGCAGCUUUACAUCAACCAACUCUUUCGCCGAUCACUCAAUUUCUAUGGAUAUGUCCGAUGAUACGGCCAUCAAGAUCGCUACGCUUCAGGCCAAGCUAAACAAGAAGCUUGGGCCGGAGUACAUCUCACAGAGACCUGGUCCUGGAGGUGGACCUAAGCUCACGUAUGCGGAAGGGUGGAAAAUCAUUAACAUCGCAAACGAGGUGUUUGGGUUUAAUGGAUGGAGUUCCCAAAUUGUCAAUAUGACUACCGACUACAUGGACUACAAUGAGGAAUCCAAGAGAUGUAACGUUGGUAUUUCUUGCAUUGUCCGUGUCACACUUAGAUGUGGUGUGUUUCACGAAGAUGUGGGAUAUGGAACGGCAGAGAAUGCGAAGGGAAAAGCCCAAGCGAUCGAUAAAAGUAAGAAGGAAGCUGUGACCGAUGCAGUGAAGCGAGCACUUCGCAACUUCGGAUCACUCCUUGGAAAUUGUUUAUACGAUAAGUCAUAUACCCAAGAGAUCACGAAGAUGAAAGUGCCACCUGCAAAAUUUGACAAGUCCGAGCUAUAUCGCCGUCCAGAGUUUGACGACACAAAACCUAAUAUAGCAAGCAGUAUUCCAAUGGCUGCACCUGCUUCAGUGCAAACAGCACCACAAACCCCUGCGAUUACUCCAGAUGUAAAAGCGAACAGGGUUGCGGUCAAGUCUGAGCCACUUCAGGGCGCAGAGACUCCGAUCGCAUAUAUCCCCCGACACUUACGACAGGAGAUGGCUUCGGGUGCAAGUGGCUCCACGUCCACGAGCGCGACCCCAAUCUGUAACGACCAAGCAUCUUGGAAUUGUCAAGGUACUACCAACGGCCUGAACACUCCUAUCCAUACACCAGUUCAACGAGCGGGGAAUACGAAUCGCGGACAGUAUAGGCAAACUGCCCCAUCACCACUUGUUCAGCCUGAGCAACGACGUGUGUCUUUCACUGAACCUGCUGCAGAACCGCCGUCAGCGGACGAGAUUGGACUACCAGUGGCUGACGAGACGUCAUACAGUAUUGACUCAGAAGACGACGAAUUCUACGCCAACGUUGACCUUGGAGAUGGUGAUUUAGGGAGACCGAUCGACUUCGAAGAGGGCAUGGGCGGAGUGAGUGUCUCAGACGUAACAUCUGACCAGGGGGACGCCGUUGCAUCUGGGAAUCCUCGAGAAUCCUCAAAGCCUCCCCAGGGAAACUCGGUGCAUGGCCAAGAGAUCUCUAGCUCUGGAAGAGGCGAAGUGACUGCUCCAGGAAUUUCUCGUUUUUCUCACUCGAACGCGCCACGUUUCCAACCCGGUCCAUCGGCUGCAAAUUCUGUACGUCAUAGACUCGAUGAUGCAGUAGGUGUACCUGCAGCACCUCCGAAAACACGCGAAUCAAGCUCCACUGCAUCUGCUUCCACUUCAGAAACUAGGCGUGGUACGCCAUCCAUGGGAGGGUUCCAUUUUCCUCCGGGCAUGAAUCAACCCAGACCGGUGGGGCCACCUCAACCUCCAAACUGGACAACGGGUUCUACUUCCAGCUCGUCUAAUAUUUCGAGCCUGAAACGUAAAGCCGACACCACCCAGUAUAACGUGUUCAUUGUCAUCCAAACCUUUACAAGGCCUUGGCCUGACCCAGCAACAACAAUCAGUCGCUGGAAACCCCAACGGAACUCGAAGACCUCUGGCAAAUCUUGA